AUUUUUAAAGUUAUGAAUAAUGAUUAAAUUAUUAAUAAUUCAUCUAAUAAUUAUUUCGAUUAACCAGGACAGUUUAUUAUGCAAGGCAAUACCAUUGUCACCUAAUCCUACAAAACUGCCGGCACUAGGAGUAGUGGCCCAAUUGGGCGAGUUUUAUGAUGCCCGUACCGAUAGAUUUUAUCCAUUGACAAUGUUUAGUACAACCAAACUGCCCGAUACAUUGAUUAAUAUACAUAGCAAUGCUAAAACUGAAACCGAUUUUGUUUUAUCAAAUACAAUGGAAGAAAAGCUAAUGAAAAUGCAUGUAAAAGCAGAGUUUAAGCUUAACGUACUGUGCGGACUACCCAUUGAAAUCGGGGGAACAGCAGGUUUUUUAUAUGACAAAAAAACAAGUUAUAAAAGUGCCAAAGUAUCGCUUAUACAUACAAUUAGUACAAUACACGAAUCGAUUACACUAUCCGAUGAAAAUCUGAAACGAUUAGUGAAUAUGGAGAUCAUCGAUAAAAUCGAUGCCACUCAUGUAGUAACAACUCGACAAUGGGGCGGACACUUUAUGCUGACUGCCCAAGAUACUAACUGUUCCUAUGAUAAUGUGAUUGACAUCAGCGGUAAAAUGGGAGCUAAACUAUCGCUUGGUUUUGCUGAAAUAGGUGGUAGUGUGGACGGGGGGAUUAAAUCCAAUGUUACCGAACAGUAUAGACAUUAUUCAUUUAAAAUCAGUGGUGAUGUCGUUCCUGAUAUAAUGCCAACAUCUAUAAAGGAUGCCUUUAUAUACGCUAGUACUGUAAGUAAAGACAUGGUCAAAAACAACAAUGGUUACGGUAAGAUCAUCGAGUACACUUUACUACCGAUCAAUUUUAUCAGGCAACUAUGGGAACGUGAAAUUAAGCAUGAUGCAUUUAUUGAAAAAAUUAAUGAUGAAAUUAUCAAUAAUUGUAUUAAAAUGUUUGACGGUAUCGACACUAUAAAACUACAGUUUCACGAUAUUAGUGCCGAUUUAAACCAAAUGGAUUCAUUUAUUAGUAGUAUAGUGUUGGACGAGUUCAAUAUAUUGGUGGAAAGUUUUACAACAUAUAGUACAAUACAGACACAGGAGCUACAGGAGCUGCUUAUCCGUAUUCGGUCAGGGAAUGAAACGGUUAACCGAUUGAAUGAUUAUCUGAAAAACCCGUCACACGAAACAUAUUCAACGUAUGCGAUGACCAAAAAAAUUGAUUACUACUUGGAUUUGCUUAAGAAAUUAGAUUCAGUUGUCAUUACCGAUGCCAUCAAUAUUAAUAAGGACUGUGUGUUUAACAAAAAAAAUCGCUUACAAUAUAAACUAUAUGAUUACGAUAACGUUAAUCUCUAUAUAUUAUUUUAUAGCUGGCAAUACAAUAUCAAAGAUAAUAAACAAGCCAUCAAUCAAUUUAGACGUCUUAUUGAUAAUAAUAAUAAUAAUAAUAAUAAAAAUAAUGCAGUUUACUGUACAUACAAUUAUGAAUCGAUGGAUACAGAGGACAUGAGUUUGGCUAAUGUUAGCCAUAAUGAAACCAAACCGCAGAUAACCUAUUAUCUAAAAAGUGAUAUUCAUGUGAAAAAUUUAAUGCCAAUUGAAAAACGUUAUGAUUUUCUAUUGGUGUGCGGUAUCUAUAAUAGCAGAGUAAGUUAUAAAAUUGAUUGCAGUAAAUACAAUGUCUAUAGAAAUGUUUGGCAAACAAUUGGCGAUUCAAUGAUUGAUAUACAACAAGAUAUAUUCAAAUUAAUUGCAUUUAAAAAUAACAUUUAUGCUAUCGGUGGCAACAAACAAUCCCAUUGUACAAAUUUGUUGCAAAAAUAUGAUCCAUAUCUUGGUAGUCCAUGGAGGGCAAUGUCGUAUUUAAUAAUACCUAGAUGUGAUUUCGAUGCAACUGUUUUCAACAAUAAUCUAUAUGUUUGCGGCGGUUAUGAUCCGAUAUUAUCAGAAACUAUAAAUUCCUGUGAAGUCUACGAUUAUGAUCGUAACAAAUGGACAGUCAUUGAAAAAACAAUGACUAAUUUACCCUUUAAGAUGCAUUUGCUUAUACACAUGGGCUAUAUGUAUGCAAUAGGUCAGCAAGUAAUGGACGAAAAUAUUAAUAUUAUUGAAAAAUACAAUCACAUUACUAAUGAAUGGAUUAUUAUAGGAAAUACAACAACAUAUCUUAGCAAUUUUGUUUUUUAA